AUGCCACCCAAGAAAGUCAUCGAAGUGCCCAAGUCAGGUACGGGAGAUGAGGCUGCACUACAGAAAGAGCAGCAAGUGAGAGAUGGAAUUAAUAUUGAGGAUUUCACACUUCCUAAAAGUAUAGUGACGCGACUGGCCAAAGCCGCACUACCACCGAACACACAGAUCCAAGGGAAUGCUAUGUUGGCAAUGACGAAGAGCGCAACGGUUUUUGUAAACUAUUUAGCGUCGGCAGCAAAUGAGAAUGCGCAACAGAACGGAAAGAAAACAUUAGAUACCCAUGACGUCUUCGCGGCGCUCGACACCCUCGAAUUCCCGGACUGGAGAGAGAGAUUAGAGGCUGAGCUUGCUAAAUACAAGGAAAUCACAGCGGACAAACGGUCGAAAGCUAAGAAAACAGCCGCGGACAAGUCAGAAGAUACGCAGGAUGGACAGGACGGACAGCCGGUAGCUAAGAAAGUGAGGUUGGAUGGGCAGGGCCAGGUUGAGGAGAAGACUGAGGGCGCGGAAAAUACGGCCGAUGAGGCGGGGAAUACUGCUGAUGAGGAGGGGAGUGGUGAGGAAGCAGAAGAGGAGGAGGAGGAGGAAGAGGAGGGGGAAAAAGAGGGCGAAGAGGUGGAAGAUCCGCAAGCUACGGAGGUGGAGGACGAAGCGUUGGAUAAUGGUGAGGACAGUGAUUAA